UGCCCUCAUGUCUUUGGAUCUGACAUCAAACAUGCGUCCUCGAGAGCCAAUGAAACGGCACAAGGACAUCCCGGCGCCCCUGAUAUCCAGGGCACCGGGCAUUCAUACUCGUCCGAUCGGAGAAUAUGGAUACCUAUGGAUACCUAUGGAGCACUGGGAGCAGGGACACUUGGACUGGUUCAGACGAGCAUCAUAUUAAUUUUUGGUUGUUUUGGGUGUUCCAGACUCCAGUCAGUAUAGUCUUUAUGUGUUACAUCCAAUCAGCUGCUCCAGAUUCCCCGGCAUAUAUUUCCAACAAUCAGGGCGCUUGUUUGCUUCUGCGGGUGUUGCUCUUCGGGCAGAGCUCGGCUUUCCGGCUCAGCUGGGCUGUUUUGAUGAGGUCUGAUUGGUCCCUGUUUUGCCCGGUCGAAGCUGAGGAACACGAGUCUAGCCGGGAAAGGAAAUGAGACAGUCUUUUCUGGUUUCUGCUCAUCCGCACUGACUGGGGACAGCUGGAAAUUAUUCCCAGCCACUGGUGUUUUAGGACUCCGUAGUCUGGAUUAUUCCGAGUCUCCACAGAUUUGCCCUUACAGUUGCAAGUUAGAAGUU